AGUGUUUAAUGAAUAACCUUAAAAUUUUAAAAUGUUUAAAUUUUUAACAACAUUACAGAUAUUUAAACGUACAAUUUCUAAAGAAGUGACGACAAGAUAUGGGAUAUCAGCCAAUAUUUCGAAUCAUAGACUAAUUAAUCAAAAUGUACGCCUACUCAGUAGUGAUCAAAAUAAUAAAACCAGCAAAUCCAAUUUUAAUACUAUAUAUAAAUUUCCUUUAAUAAAAUAUUUUUCAGUUAUCAAUAGGGUAAAGUUUUACCAAACAGUUUUAACAGGAAUUACGUUGCCUUCUUCCUUUGCUUUGAAUUUAUUGAACUUUAUUAGUACAGAAACUUUGCAAGUAAUUUCUAUUAUAGGGCUUACUGGAUGUAUUUCGCUUUACGGAGCAGGCCAAAUAACAUCCAACUUUAUAGGAUUUAUAUAUUAUGAUGAAGAACAAAAUUUAGCCAAAGUGGCAUAUGUUGAUUUUUGGGGCUGGAGAAAGGAUAUAGAAAUGCCUGUAUCAGAUAUUGUUCCAAGUGAAGAAAUUCCGUUUUCUAUUACUAAUAAACUAUAUAUGAAAUUCAAACGAUAUUCUACACCAGAUGUAUUAAAAUACAAUUUGAGUUUAGGCAUUAUUUAUGAUAAUGAACAAAUAAAGAAAGUUCUAUAA